CUACAGUUAUUAUAUAUCGCGAGUAAUAUCAAAGUUUCGAAUACUGAUAAUGGAACGCCAACAUUCAAGUCUUCAUGGAUCGUUUCGUAGCAAAGAUUCCUCAUCCACUACGGGGAGUGAUCCACGAGAGAAAAUUAAAGAUUGUCUCAGAAAAUUCAUUGCUUUUAUGUUUACACAAGUGGGUGUUGGUGCAUUGGUUGUUUGCUAUGCUAUACUUGGUGCUGCUAGCUUUAUGCACAUAGAAAAAGAUAGUCCCGAUGAACAAUUAGAAAAUGUUAAAGAAUGGAGACGAAGUUGUGCUGAGGAACUGUGGAACAUAACCGUAAAUAAUAAUAUAUUCAAUGAGACCGCUUGGGAAAUAAAUAUAAACAAAGUGCUAAAGGUUUUUCAGAGUAACAUAACGGGGGCUGUACACACUGGUUACAGUGGAAGAUCUGCAGAAGAUAUCUGGUCUUUUCCUGCAGCACUCAUGUACUCUUUGUCCGUGUUUACGAUGAUUGGUUACGGAAAUAUUGUGCCUAAGACUGUUUGGGGUAAAAUUGUAACCAUAGCAUAUGCAUGCUUUGGUAUACCAAUAUAUAUAUUAUACUUUUGUAAUAUGGGCAAAGUUCUUGCGCAAUCAUUCAAAUGGCUUUAUAUUACUGCGCAUGAAUGCAGCAGGCGGGAAGAUACAAUGUUUGAAGAAGGUGAAAUUCAAAUGAAACGUAAAAUUACAGUACCAUCAACUGCUUGUCUUUGGGUGAUAUCUUUUUAUAUAUUAACUGGAACGAUUAUGUUUGGUGCAUGGGAGAAAUGGAAUUAUUUAGAUUCAACAUAUUUCUGUGUUAUCAGUUUGUGUAAGAUUGGUUUUGGUGACUUUGUUCCGGGUGCUAACAUUACAGAUUCAGCGGGAGGCUCUCAUUUGAAGUUGGUUAUUAACUUUAUCUAUGUUCUAUUGGGCAUGGGUCUUGUUGCUAUGUGUUAUAACUUGAUGUGUGAGGACGUGAGAGUUAAAGUGAGGGAGUUGAGAGAAGAUUUGAAGAAUUGUCUGGAUGAUAUCACUUUAAAGAUUACAGUCUGUAUGAAUGACACAAAAUAUUACCACCAGAAGCAAACACGUCAUGUAAAGUGAUGUGAACUUUGUGUUUUAAAUAAAUGAAAAUUAGACUAUUUAAUAUUAUUACAAACUUUAUGGU